AUGACGCCUCUGCUCGAUGAAUUUUCGGAUCUUUUCGACAACAAGCUUGGCUGUUGCAAGGGCCCCCCUGUGCAAUUACACCUCAAAGAAGGAGCCCGCCCACAUUUCUGUAAGGCACGUACAGUGCCUUAUGCCAUGCGCUCCAAAGUUUCAGCAGAGAUCGACUGUCUUGUACAAGACGGAGUGCUUUCGUCGAUAAGCAUUUCAGAUUGGGCAACACCGGUGGUUCCAGUAGCAAAAAAGAACUGCGAUAUACGAUUGUGCGGCGACUUCAAGUUAACAGUCAACCCGGCGUCGCACUUGGAACAGUAUCCCCUGCCCAAAGUUGAAGACAUAUUUGCGGCGCUUUCUGGAGGCGAAGUCUUCAGCACUCUGGACCUAUGCAACGCGUACAAUCAGCUGCCGCUGGACGACGAAGCUAGAAAGAUGGCGGUACUCAACACACACCGGGGCCUUUACUGCUACAAUCACCUAGCAUUUGGAAUUGCUUCAGCCCCCGCCUUGUUCCAGCGACGCAUGGAAUCGAUUUUACCAGGUUUGCCGAAUGUUCAAGUGUACCUCGACGACAUCAUUGUGGUGGAGAAGGAAAACGACAAAUCGGUACUGCGGCAGGUGUUUCAGUGGCUUCGCGAACACAACCUGAAGUUGAACAAAGCCAAGUGCCGGUUUAGGGAAGCACAAGUGUCGUUUCUGGGGCACCACAUCGAUGCCAAAGGUCUUCAUCCUCUGCAAGAUAACCUCGAGGCAGUACUGGCCACGCCGAAGCCAACAUCGGUGAAGACGUGGAUCCUUCGCGGUUGGCUAAACCAGCUGGGGCCGGAGCAACAGUGCCUUCAGCCGUACUUCACCCGCAGAUACGAACUCACUGUGAGUAAAGGACUAAUAUACUGGGAUCAUCGCGUAGUUCUGCCCGAGACCGUGCGGGCACUUAUUCUGAGAGAACUUCACGACACCCACCCAGGCAUGACUGCAAUGAAGCGCCUGGCCCGUACAGUGUUUUGGUACCCCGGAUUGGACCACAACAUAGACAAGCUGGGCCAGUGGAAGGUCACAUGA